UCAGCAUUGGCCAGUAAUCUAUUUCUCUGAGUCACACUCACGGUCUCACUUCACAGAUAUAUAGGAAAGAUUGAAAAGAACACACAACCAAGCUCACUCACUCACCUCCAAUGGCCUCAACCUUCACAUUCCCAUUUCUUCUCUCUCUAAUCUUCUCAUUCUUCAUUCUCAACGCAGCUUCAUCUGAGGCAGAUAUCCUUCUGACCUUCAAGGCCUCCAUUGAAGACUCCAACAAUUACCUCUCAAGCUGGUCUAAUGCCUCAGCCACCGAUUACUGUACCUGGGCUGGAAUCACCUGCAUCUCCACAUCUUCACUCUUUGUUACUUCUAUCGACCUUCAAAACUUAAACCUUUCUGGUGAAAUCUCACCUUUGAUAUGUGAGCUUCCCCAUCUGUCUAGCCUCAAUCUUGCUGACAAUCUUUUUAACCAAACCAUUCCUCUUCAGCUCUCUCAAUGUGCUACUUUGGAAACUCUGAAUCUCAGUAACAAUCUCAUCUGGGGUACCAUCCCAGAUCAGAUUUCUCAGAUGGGUUCUUUGAAAGUGCUUGAUUUAAGCGGAAACCGUGUUCAGGGAAAGAUCCCAGAGAGCGUAGGCUCACUGAAGAACCUUCAAGUGCUCAACUUGGGAAGAAACUUGCUUUCAGGUAGUGUACCUUCUGUCUUUGGGAACUUGACUGAGCUUGUUGUUCUUGAUUUGUCUCAAAAUGCAUUCUUGCCGAGUAAGCUUCCCAGUGACAUCGGAAAGCUUGAGAAGCUGGAGAAGCUUCUUUUGCAAAGCUCGGGUUUUCAUGGUGAAAUCCCUGACUCUUUUCUGGGUUUGAGAAAUUUGACCAUUUUGGACCUUUCCCAAAACAAUCUGAGUGGUGAGGUUCCUCAGACACUAGGGUCUUCUCUCAAGAACCUGGUGUCUUUUGAUGUUUCGCAGAAUAUGCUUUUGGGGCCAUUCCCAGAUGGCAUUUGUAAUGGGAAAGGCCUUAUAAACCUGAUUCUCCAUACAAAUUUCUUCAGUGGUUUAAUACCCAACUCCAUUAAUCAAUGCAUAAAUCUUGAGAGGUUUCAGGUUCAGAACAAUGGGUUGUCGGGUGAUUUCCCAAAUGCUUUAUGGUCAUUACCCAAAAUUAAGCUCAUUAGAGCUGAAAACAAUCGAUUUUCUGGAGAAAUACCUGAUUCGGUAUCAAUGGCUGCUCAGUUGGAGCAAGUUCAGCUGGACAACAACAGCUUCUCGAGUAGAAUUCCUCAGGGUCUUGGGUUGGUUAAGAGCUUAUACAGAUUCUCUGCAUCUCUUAAUGGUUUAUAUGGUGAACUUCCUCCAAAUUUUUGUGAUUCACCUGUUAUGAGUAUAAUAAAUCUCUCUCACAAUUCGCUUUCCGGCCAAAUACCGGAAUUGAAGAAGUGCAGGAAGUUAGUCUCAUUGUCUUUAGCAGGCAACAGUCUUACUGGAGAAAUUCCACCAUCCCUUGCUGAUUUACCAGUCCUAACUUACCUUGAUCUUUCUGGUAACAAUCUCACUGGUCCCAUCCCGCAAGAGCUUCAAAACUUGAAGCUUGCUCUCUUCAAUGUGUCUUUCAAUCAACUAUCUGGUAGGGUCCCAGACUCUUUGAUUUCAGGUCUCCCGGCUUCAUUUCUAGAAGGAAACCCUGGACUUUGUGGUCCAGGAUUGCCCAAUUCUUGUUCUGAUGACCAGCCAACACACGACACGGAUGGUCUUACAGCAUUGACAUGUGCACUGAUAUCUGUAGCUUUUGGUCUUGGGACUUUGAUUUUAGCUGCUGGGUUUUUUGUGUAUCAUAGACGUUCCAAGCAGAAAUCUCAAAUGGGAAGUUGGCGCCUGGUAUUCUUCUAUCCUCUUAGAGUCACUGAGCAUGAUUUGGUUAUGGGAAUGAAUGAAAAAAGUGCAGUUGGAAGUGGUGGAGCAUUUGGUAGAGUUCACAUUUUGGGUUUACCGAGUGGUGAACUCGUUGCAGUAAAGAAGUUCGUUAAUUAUGGGAGCCACUCGUCCAAAAGUUUGAAGGCUGAGAUCAAGACCUUAGCAAAGAUCAGGCAUAGGAACAUUGUUAAAAUUCUUGGUUUUUGCCAUUCUGAUGACUCAAUCUUUCUAAUUUAUGAGUUCUUACAGAAGGGAAGCUUAGGGGAUUUGAUUAACAGGCCAGAUUUUGAGUUGCAGUGGGGUGUGAGAUUGAGAAUUGCCAUCGGGGUUGCCCAAGGAUUAGCAUACCUUCACAAGGAUUAUGUCCCGCACUUACUUCACAGAAAUGUUAAGUCAAAUAACAUUCUUCUGGAUGACGAUUUUGAACCAAAAAUCACAGAUUUUGCACUCGACCGAAUUUUGGGAGAAGCUGCAUUUCAGUCAACCAUGGCUUCAGAAUCUGCAUCAUCAUGUUACAAUGCACCAGAAUAUGGAUACUGCAAGAAGGCAACUGAACAAAUAGAUGUGUACAGCUUUGGUGUUGUAUUGUUAGAGCUAGUGACUGGGAGACAGGCUGAGCAAGCAGAAGCAACAGAGUCCAUUGAUAUUGUGAAAUGGGUGAGGAGGAGAGUUAACAUUACCAAUGGGGCACACCAAGUUCUUGACCCUAAGAUAUCAGAAUCUUUCCAAAAAGAGAUGACAGGGGCUCUGGAAAUCGCUCUCCAAUGCACUUCCGUGAUGCCAGAGAAACGGCCAUCCAUGUUUGAAGUUGUGAGAGCACUUCAGUCCCUUUCAAGUACAGAGUUCUCUGUUAGCAUUCAGUUUCAGUCUGAACAUUGAAUCCAGGGAUUGGCUUCUUUUUUCUCCAAAGUCUUAAUGUAAAGCCAAACUUGAUUUUACAUUUCUCCAUCUUGACUUCUGAUUGGUAAAAGAAUGUGCUUGGGCAUGGUAUUUUCUGUUCUGCACCAGAAUUUGUUUGGGAUUUGUUUAAUAGUAAUACCAAGAGUUUUACAUUGUUUUAA